AUGACUAAUAACCAUAACGGCUCCAGCCGAAUGGGCGUCGCCGCAGAACACUGCGGCCUCGACACCAUCGGCAUGGGCUUGUUACAUCUCCCGCAGACCAACGCAGAGUUGCCAUUUGAGGUUAACUUGGAAUCUUUCCAAUUCCCAGCUGGCGUUGAGGUGUUUAAGGGGACUUUUCCCGACGGUGGAGUUUACCGUCUGGUGCGUGGUGAGGCAGGCACCAUCCGUGUGCUGUACGGCAACGUCGAGUUGGUUCCAAGAAUUUUUGAAGCACACGCCCACAAUGAUGUAUAUGUCGAAUAUUUUGUGCGGGGAGAGGAGCGUGUGAUACGGCUGUUUGCCUUCAGCAACUACCACGGUCAUCCGGCCGGGUACCGCAUCAAGACGUUCCUCGUCGACCACAGCGGCCCUGUUGAGUGCAGCGACCAUGCGGUUUCAUGCUUUGUUUGCGGGCCUAUUUCGCUGGAGCUGAACAUCACUCCCAACACACCUAUGCACCCGUUUGUGGAACGCAAGGUGCUGCUGGACAACGGGCUUUUUGGCUAUGCGUACACCCUGGCGCGUAAGCACCGAGGCUACGAAGUACACCCGUCUCGCAACUACUUCAAGCACCCGUACAUGAUCGGUUCCAUCUAUUACACACUCUUCACCGACGAGGGUGUGGUACCUGGAACGCAACCCCUAGAAGCUGACUCCUACAUCGUGAGGGCUCUCUUCAGCGACGAUCACAUCCAAGUGCACGUGCUGAAGCCCAGAUCGGUGAAAACGUACACCAUCCACCCAGUUCGCAGCGCCCAUUAG